AGUCAGUCUUCAUUUGCCGAAUCGAAAUGUUAACCAAACAACAUUGCCUGAUCGCUAGUGGCCCGAUUGCCAUGGGCUUGGCCCUAGCCACAUUUGCCAUUGAUUCAAAUUAUGAAUAUCGCGAUUAUGCCGCCUUUCUUAAUAUUUUGCGUUGCAUGCAGUUGAUGGCAACCAUUUGGCUGCUCUUUGGCCUGCUGAAGAAGGAUGCGAUGCAUAAGGAAAAAUUUAUGCUCUUUUGGCUUAUUGUGUCAAGUGUUCUCUUCAGUUUCCUCUGCUACUUCUGUCUAAUAUAUAUAGGUAGAGAACUAUUCGACUUUUACGACUUUAUUGGAUUUGUGGGGCAAUUCUUUUUGCUUUGCCUCAUUGUGGGCCUAACUGCUCUUAUGGGAUAUUUGCUGUAUUUCGUCUAUCAGAAAUAUGUGGAGAUGACGAAGGAAAUCGCAGAGACAGCUGCAGCACAAGUUCAAGUACCAAAUCCAAUUGUUCAAACCAAGGAUCCGUUGCCUUCGUACGAUCAAUUAAAUGUAACCAUACAGAAUUAAUAUGAGCCAAAGUUGAUUUUCAACAAAAAGCGCAAUAAAGUUGAUAAGUAAUCGAAGAGCGAGGGAGAGAGAGAAAGCGAGAGAUCGAGUGAGUGAGAGAGAGCUGUAGUGAAAGAGAGUAAACAAUCAAAUAAAGAUAAGCAUACUAUCAGCUAUAUACAAAUA